AUGCCUAAAGCGUCCACUCGAUCAGCCACACAAGUUCAGAGCGACCGACGCUAUGUCGAAAGUCUCCCUGUAGGCGAGCUUCGGAGCCUGGCGAGACAGGGUUUCUGGGGUCCAAUGAAAGGGGUCAGCAAAGCGAGGAAGGCGGAGCUCGUCGAAUUCGUCCUAAAGCACACCGAUGUCGUUGGUCCCAGUGUCGAUGCUGUGCCUUCUUACGCUCUACCUCCUCCCCCUCCUCCUGUACAGCCCGCCUCUGGCCCGUCCCACACCGGCCUGACUCCCUCCCAAGCAGCGGCGGUUGCAGCGGCCGCGAUGGACCCGGACCGUGUCCGCGCCAUGUGCAUGCCACUCAUGCAUGGCGUGCCGCCUCCUAAGAUACCUGGCAAGACUCCGGCGCAACAGGCGCUGAGGCAUCAGAGGGAGUGGGCGCAAAUCGAGGCGGCGCUCGAUCUGGAGGACGAGGUGUAUAGCCAUGGGAGCAGCGGGGAUUGGGACGAUGACGAGGAGGAUGAAGGGGAGGGUGCAGUGGAGCGGGCUCGGCAGAAGCAGGACUUUCACGACGAGACCGAACGGCGAGGGCAUGCGAGAGUCGAUGAGUACUGGAGGCGGACGGACGAGGUGGCCAAGUUUGAGAUGGCCCUGCUGGCGAAGGGAGGGAUGCCGCCUGCUGUAAUCGAGGAGUAG